CAAAGCCCUUUCUAGAGGCCACUGUAUUCGCCUGGAAUGAAUGCAUUACAGAUAUUGUUUCCGGGAGAGCUGAUAUGGUUAUUGGGCCAAUUGGAGUGACUAAGGAGCGAGGAACCAUGGUCGACUUCAUCUUGCCGUAUAUUCAGUACGAUAGUGUUCAGAUGCUUACAAGGGCCAAAAAAGGAAGACGGUUUGACUUUUUGGAAAUAUUUGACCACUGGUCAAUGCUCGUUUGGCUGAGUUGUUUUAUUUUCACAUCAGUAACAUUGUGGAUUUAUGAAAAUGUAAUAAAACGGCUGGAAAGGAGGAAGAACCCGGAUGUCAAGUACUGCUCCUUCCAAGACGUGGUCUGGUUUAUUGUUACUAAGGCGGAAUUUGAAUGUGACGGUAUCCGGUUAUCACGAACAAGUACUAAGUUAAUGGGUUUCGGAUUCUGGCUGCUGUCUUUCAUCCUCCUUUCUGCUUUCACAGCCAAUCUGGCUUCCUUUAUGACCGUUUACCGUAUGGACGACCUACAAGUGAAAGCCGUCUCUGAUUUGGUGACUACAAAGGAUGUUAAGUUUUCUGUAGUAUGGGGUUCAGAUGAAAUGGUGUAUUUUGAAAAUAUGAUGAAAACUGAAGAAGCGUUUCACGAUCUGUGGAAAAGCUCAAACCUCUACCCCGACAAUAAACAAUAUGCCUUCAACGAGAUUGUCUGGGACUAUCCAGUUAGAGACACAUUCACGAAAAUAUGGCAAAGCAUGACAAAGACGGGAUUCUUCAAUAGUACAUCCGAGGCUCUCAGAAGAGUGGCGGAAGGAAACUUUAUUCUUCUGUCAAAAACAGAGACUGUGAAAUAUUUAAUAUCUCAGAACUGUGAUGUUAAGUCGCUAGGGUCACCUAUGGGCUAUCAUCCUGUUGGAUUUGCACUGAAAAAAGAUUCCAGCCUCUUAUCAACUAUGUCCAACAGUUUUAUGGAAAUACAACAGUCUUCUGAUGUGGAGAGUUUGAAAAGAAAAUGGUGGGAGAACAGAAACUUGCACUGCGAUACUGGUGAAAUCAUACAAGAAAUUGGUUUCACUGAAAUUGGCUAUUGGUUCCUGACCCCCGUAUUCGGCAUAAGUCUUGGAAUUCUUAUUCUUGGUAUGGAGCGCAUCGUCCGGUACAGGAUCAGUAGCACAGCCAAGAAGUACACCGUACGGAAUGGCUAUUCACGGACCCAGCACUAUCGGGACAAUGAUGGUCCUGGAAGUACACAGGAUACAAGUCUCCAAAACAAGGGAUUUUCAGAAAAUCGUCCUAAAAACUUAACGACUAUGGUCCAUGAUACCAAAGACAUGCCACAUCUUUAAACAAAAGAACUGUGUUAUAUUUGAAACUGGUAUUUCAUAUAGAUAUAUCCCCAUUAUGUCAUGUAAAAUAUCUUACCAUUAUGGUGUUUACAUUUGUCAACGCUAUUCCGUGUAAGAUUUGUCACGGGUAUAACGUGUAAAUGAUUUCCUGGUAUGUCUUCUUUUAUAUAUCUAUACAUUUUUUGCAAUAAAGUG